UUGGUUUUAUUUGUAAAACAGCGAUAAAUUGUAGUUUCACGCCUUGGUUUUACAGUUCUAUGAGUUGCGUCUCAAAGUGGACGUUAACUUCUUUAAGGAAUUAAAGUAUAAAAGUAUAAAGUCAGACCAAUACUGAAAUAGACGAAGACGAAGUUAAGUAUUCAAUCCAAUCCAAUCCGUGACUAGCGAUUUCCUUGUUUUGUUGCUUUUCUGUGGUGGAAGCUCAUCGACUCGCAAGCUACUGUAAUUUUUUUCGAAUAGACUAGAUUUUUCUGUGUUUGUCGACUCCUCCAAGAAUUAAGCCGAAAUCUCUAAGCUUUUCGGUAAAUUUCUACGUUGUGAGCACAAAGGCAAGCAAACAGCGGAACCCUGUAGCCGCGUGAGAACGGUCGAGCGUCGAGCGGUUGUGUGAUCAUGUCAGCAGCAUCUUUACUUAGCGCACAUUGACGCACAUUGAUCCGUUCUAUGCGUGCUUUGGAGUGACAUGUCAAGGUUCCCAGACCAUAACGAUUGGGUCAGAAGCUUUUACGUAUCCAACCCAACGCUCCACAAGAAGGGAUACACCGUCUACAAAGUUGUCUCAAAGGUUUUCCCGAAAAAUUCAGUGGAAGCUGCAUCGCAGGUGAUUGUGUGGAAAAGAUACAGCGACUUCAGCAAGCUCUACAAGGCUCUCCUACUGAUUUACCAAGGCCUUCACCUAAAGGGAAACUUUCCGAAGUUUGCAAAAGCCCAAUUUUUUGGUCGUUUUGAAGAGGAUGUGGUCGAAGAGCGCCGUCAGUCUGCACUGCACCUCCUGGAGUUUGCUGCCAAGUACCCCGUCCUGUUCAACAGCCAAGUCUUUGUCAAGUUCUUUGAGCGGAGCGAGGAGGUGAACGAUGAGCCUGAACAAGAGAUGUCUGGCCUGGACCCUCCACUGCUGGCACCUCCGGCAAAGUCACCCUCCAAGUUCAAUGGCGUUCCUGCAGAAGCCUACACCAAGUUGCCAGAGGUGUCCUCAAUGGGAGCAGGGGACUCGCUGUCGGAACGUCCCGUCUCCCACCGGAUCAUGGCGUUGGACCAGCUGAGUCUGGAUUCUCGGACUACGGAGGAAGAAACGGACGCGUCUGUUAGGUCCACGACGACGGAGGGAGAGGACGAUAACGUUUGCAACGCCAUGCGGCCACCAAGAGGCUUCUUUUUUUCGGACCUUGCCAUGUUUGAUCCAAUUCUGCAGUCGCAGGGGAGUGAGAAAGAUGACUGCCCGUCCCUGAGCAAUGCCUGGAUCCUGUCGGCCGCCGGAGUGUGCGCUAACCUCGCUGAGGAAGCCUGCUCUCCUCCGGGCUGUGCCUUCAGCUUCCCGAAGCCCUUUCAGGACCUGAGUCCCAACGACGACGACGACGAGUGGCUGCGGCUGCAGGAAGAUUUCAGCGACUGCCAGGAUGCCGACGGAGCGACUCGGGAGACGAGGAGAGGGGAGGACGGGGUGGACGCGGAGGCAAACUCUUCAGAGGGGGCAUCCCCGGGCACCCCGGUGUCCCCCCUGGACGUGGGGGACGCGGCGUACCUGCAGGCGGCGGCCAACUGGGCUUCCCGGGCCCACUCGAGCGAGGCCCAAGGCGAUUUCCUGGGAGCCUUCACCCACUACAAGGCGGCCGUGGGCGCCCUGUUGGAGGGGGUGCAGGGGGACAGGAAUGCCAGACGCAGGGACGCGGUGCGACGCAAGACCGCGCAGUACCUGGCCCGGGCGGAGCACAUCUACGAGUCGCAGCUGUCUCGGCAGAUGGGCGGCGAGCGACGGUGGUCCCUGAGCGCGGCGCCUGUGCCCCAGCCAGCCUUGCCCCUUGGCGCGCCUUCGGGGGCCCCGCUGGGCGGCCGCCCGCUUCCGUUUCUGGGGUCUUCCCUGAGGGGCUCCGUCCGGGAACUGGCCAGGUACAAGGUCAUCGGGAUCGUCGGGAACGUGCUGCUGGCCCUGGACACCGAGCACAACACCACCGUCGUCAUCAAGGUGUUGCACAAGAGCCCAAGCGGUCCGGCCACCCCCGUGCCGAGCGUGGUCCCGCAGGAGGUUCCACACAUGGUAAAUCUACUCCGGGUGUACGAGACAGAGAGCGCCCUUUUCCUGGUGCUCGAGUACGCCACGGGCGGACGCCUCUGGGACUACCUGGGCAACUACGUGCGCCGGCACGAGCUCGAGCCCGCGGAGCCCUCUCCCUCCCGUCCCUCCGGCAACGAGGCCGCCGGUGCCUCGCCCCGUCGGGGACGGUCCCCCUGCCCUCCGUCCCGACUCGCUGAAGAAAAGCCAACCCUGCCACUGCCCUCCGACUGUGAUAUCGCAAACUGUGAUACCCAAUGGUCCCUACCGGCUACGCCCGCUCGCGACCAAAGUUCCGUGGACAAAGGGCGGGCGUCGUUGGAUGAUGCCUUGCCAUGCGAAUGUAGAAGCCCUAAUCAGCUUCUGGUUGACGCAUCCACGGGGCCCUCAGCAAGCUUGUCCAAAACUGUACCUGUUCCAGAGGGGUCGGCCACAGCAGUAGACGAUAAAACUUUCUCGCCGUCAAUCUCAGAACGAGAAUCUUCGCUUCUCGACUGGUCUUUGAAAGCCAUGACCGUCUCCGACGAGAGAUCGUUGCCACAGGAAAAAAGAAAGGAUCUUCUGCAAGCUGAAGACAGUGCGAGUGGACAGCCAACAAUGCACUUAGCAGACAACGCUUGUUGUUCGGUGCAAAACGUGCACAGUAAAAGAUUACUUUCGUGCAAACCGGAAAGGAUGUCGGGCAUUUUAGGAGAGAGGUUGCCAGAUGAGGAGAGCAAGUGCGACGGGGAAGACAGGUGGCCGUCGGCAGACAACGAACCUGUGGAGCGUCGUUUGUCGUACCGGGCGGCGGAAGCGUUCCGCCACCUGGACGGCAUGGCCAGGAAGAUGGCUCCCCCGCGCCGCCUGCCCGAGGCGUGUGUCCGGCAGUGGGCGGCCGAGAUGGCCCUGGCACUGUGCCACCUCCAUCGGCUUGGGGUGGUGCGGCAGGAUUUGUGCCCCCACGACGUACUCCUGGCAGACGGCGGUCACAUCGUCCUGACCUACUGCUGUCAGUUCAACUGCGUAGAUCGCACUCCGAGCCAGUUUUCCAGAGAGAACCAGUAUUCCGCCCCCGAGAUUGACCAGCUUGGUCCAGUGACCCCUGCCUGUGAUUGGUGGAGCUUUGGGGCCAUUUUAUACGAGUUGUUUGUAGGAGCGCCCCUGGUCGUGUGCCACCCCGGCGGAGUGACAUCAACCACGAGGCUCAGCAUACCCUCCCACGUCUCCGUCGAAGCAGCAGACCUGCUCGAAAAGCUCUUGGCAUACCACCCUCACCAACGCCUGGGCCAUGGCCCCACGGGGUCCGAAGACAUCCGGUGCCAUCCAUUCUUUGCCCCGGUGAACUGGGCGCACAUGGCGUCCAGGUGAACCCAUACCCACGCCACCCUCCAUCAUCAUUUCAUGCCAGCCCCUCAUUCCACGUGCAUCUCUUCCCUGCCGGCAAGCCGAGAGAAGCUAAAGUAUUUUAAAGCGUGCUUCGCAUCGCUACAUCGUCCUCGGCGGCGGGCAGAAGCCGACAUACCAAUAUUCUCACUUCGGCGCGAGCGCAACUGGAUUUUACUUUUUCGCGGAGUAGGGUUUGCCCGGAAGCGGCGAAAGGUGUCAUCUGUAAUCGUUUGGUGUGGGGCUAGCGCAAAGGUUGUCACGCCUGUCGUUCUCUGCGAACUGGAAACGGGUUGAUGCGAGUGCUUAAUUGCAGUGGUCACGGCUUUGUUUAGUGUGUUGCAGCGAAUGUGCCAAGUGACUAGAGGAGUCCACAUUCAGUAUGAACUCUCUCACUGUGAGAAGUGAACACAUUGAGGCAAUUGGGCCAGUGGUCUCCAUUUUCCUUUGGUACACCUUCCAGAGUAAGCACCACCACUUCGAAAGUGACGAUUACAAAAGUUAGAUCUGGAAGGCAACUACCUCAUAGUGUGGUCUCACUACGCUCUUAUUCUCUCAAUCUCUGAACCUGAGUCAUGUUUAUUUUUUUUACUUCAGUUUGCAAUAAGUAGUUCUAAAAUCCAAUUUGGCAGUCUUCUUUAUUUCUUUCUCUUUCUCACAAGGAUUAUUUUCCUAGUCAAAGUGAAAAAGAUAUAAGACACUCUGUGCUCGUGUUACAAUAAUAUCACCUCGAUAUCUCGAGAUGUGAUUUGAGCAAGGCGAGGUUAAAUAGUCAAAUAGCAGUUACUGUGUAGGUAGCUCUGUUUGUAGCGCUCUAAAAUUGCAGUAUAUUUUGUUUUAUCAGCAAUGCUUCAAUGGCUAGGCUGUUUGUGCGCUUGUGAUUACUACUCGCCUUCCGUUUGACGUACGACAAAGUAAGGGCGCCAUGGCUGUUAUCUGUUUUGGUUCUGUGACUUUGCUCGGUGUCCUUUGCGACUUUUACAAUUUCAUGUGUUCAGAUCUUAAGAAUGGUUCUCGACACAGUGAAGAGAAUCGUACAGCUCCUGUGGGAUAGCAAAUGCUUCGUUUAUUUCAGAAGUUUUGUUGACAAUAAACAUGGCACUUUGCAAUAAGGCAAAUAA